AAAAAUAUUGUAUUAUUUUGUAUUACUGUUACCUACUAUGUAAACUAUUAAAAUGAUAGUGAAAUACAAAGUUGUACCUGUUAAAGUAUCGAGGUAGAUUUAAGAUCAGAAUAAUAAUUAAGUCUAAGGAUCUCUAAAAUAUGUGAACCUAAUCAGUUGUACGUGAACAAUUUAAAGCUACGGUCGUCUGCAUAAUAGCCUCUGUACAUCCUCAAACGCGCAAGUCAAGAGACAUCAACCUGUAAACUCUGUCUUCGUGACUAUACGUAGGUACAGUUUAAAUAUAUUAAAUUUCAAUAUUAAACCGAAAUAUUAAAUUUAAAUGAAAGAUGUACAAAAUAGUACUGAUCGUAAUAUGUAUUACAAAAACUAUGGCGUGUAAUUAUAAGACUCUUGUGGUUACCACAAGUGGUCCAAUACAAGGAAGACUAGUACGCGACUUAGGACUGAGUUACUACUCUUUUCAAGGUAUACCAUACGCUGAGAAUCCCGUUGGCAAAUUUCGUUUUAAGCCUCCCGUUCCGAAAAAACCUUGGUCCGAAGUACUUGAUACAACGAAAACAGGUCCAGUCUGCAUGCAAGCAGAAGGCACUUAUAAAAACGAAGAAAUGAGUGAGAACUGCUUAUUUUUAAAUAUUUACGUCCCUGCAAAUAGGACAGAAAUUUCGCACCCAAUGCCAGUGCUUGUAUACGUCCACGGUGGCGAAUUUAAGAGCCUUUCCGGUAACAAUGAUUAUGUAUACGGACCGCAAUUGCUCAUAAAAGGAGAUUUUAUUGUUAUCACUGUAAAUUACAGGUUGGGAGCGUUAGGAUUUCUGUCUCUUGGUAUAGAAGACGCAUCAGGAAACGCUGGUAUUAAAGAUGUACUUCUUGCACUGCAAUGGGUGAAGGCGAACAUUAAUCUAUUUGGAGGGAACAGUGACAAAACUACUUUAGGCGGCAACAGCGCCGGGGCGGUCCUCGUACAUUAUUUAACGUUGACAACAAAAUCAACAGGCCUCUUUAAUCAAGCUAUACUGAUAUCGGGGAGUGCUCUAGGGUACAGAUUCUUAGCACGCCAUCCAGUCGAAAAUGCAGUCGCAUUAGCAAAACAGUUAGAUAUUCAAACAAACGACACAUACGAACUUCUAAAAACACUAAAAGAGAAAGACGCUUUCGACAUAAUACAGGCACAAAAGGAUAUGGAACAGUCGGAUAAAAUAAAGGGAAUCAGACCGUUUGCUCCAUUUGUACCCUGUAUUGAAAUCGAAUCGUCCAGUGCCAUCCUAACGAAAGAUCCUAUAGAAAUAAUUAUGUCUGGUAUACCCCAAAAUGUUCCAAUCUUAGCAGGAAUCAAUUCCGAUGAAGGCAUAAAAAUGUUGAAAGUUAUAAAAAUGAAUCAAACGUUAAUAGAUUUCUUAAACGAAAAUUUUGAAUUAUGUAUUCCAUCUAACAUUGAAUACCCGUACGGUUCGGAGGAAUCCCAAGAAGAGAAGGCAGUAAAAACUUGUACUAUUACGUUUAUAAUUUCGAGGGAGAUUUAA